CCCGCGCUCCGGAAGUGAAGUGGCCAGACCACCGGCUAAUGGAUGCGGAGCGGAGGGCCCGCCGACCGCUCCCGGCUCCACCGGCAACUUGGCUUGGCUGGAGCUAAGAUCCAGACACGCUGUUGUGUGGACUUGGGUGACAUCUUCCUGUGCUAGAAGCUGAAUAAGCUCCUUGACUCUCAUGGAACAUUCUGGAACGCAUAAACAGGAGUCCAAGCCACUCUGCAGUGAGACGUCUCUCCAGGACUCCUCGGGGCCAGAGGAGGUAUUUCCCUGUUGACUAGAGAGGUGAAGCAGCAGAGACGGGGAAAGUGGUGAAAACAGCUCUCGAAGGUGCAGCGGACCGUCAGCAGGGGGUCAGCACCACCACGUGGCUGCUAGCAUUGGCGAGAGAAACAGCAGCCACCAGACUCCAGAGCCACUGAGACACUGCCACCCACCGCAGGUCUAGAGACAACGGGAGGUGCUGAGCUCUUGCCACUGGGCAGUGAAGGUUAUUGGUCCAGAAGACUGAGGCUGCUCUUGGAGUGACCUGACCCAGGUUCCAUUCCCUGGUGGGUUAUAAGUUUGGAAGCUCCUCCAGGAUAGUCUCAGUCCUGAGGCAGUGCCCAUCUGCACCACAAACUAAUUGGUACCCCUAGGGUCAGAGCGAGUAAAUAUUUGGGACGAUGGCACUGGCACUGCUGGAGGACUGGUGCAGGAUAAUGAGUGUGGAUGAUCAGAAAUCGCUGAUGGUUAUGGGGAUACCAGUGGACUGUAAUGAGGCUGAGAUUCAGGAGGUUCUCCAGGAGACUUUGAAGUCUCUGGGCAGGUAUAGACUGCUUGGCAAAAUAUUCAGGAAGCAGGAGAAUGCCAAUGCUGUGCUAUUAGAGCUCAUGGAGGAUAUUGAUGUCUCAGUGGUCCCCAGCGAGGUUCAGGGAAGGGGGGGCAUCUGGAAAGUGAUCUUUAAGACCCCCAACCAGGACACUGAAUUUCUUGAAAGACUGAACCUCUUUCUAGAAAAAGAGAGACAAACAGUCUCUGGUAUGUUCCGGGCCCUUGGCCAUGAGGGAGUGUCUCCAGCCACAGUUCCCUGCAUAUCACCGGAGUUAUUGGCCCAUUUGUUGGGACAGGCAAUAGCACAUGCCCCUCGGCAUCUGCUCCCCAUGAGAUACCGGAAACUGAGGGUGUUCUCAGGGAGCGCUGUGCCCACCCCGGAGGAAGAGCCCUUUGAAAUCUGGUUGGAACAGGCCACUGAGAUAGUCAAAGAGUGGCCGGUAGCAGAGGCAGAAAAGAAAAGGUGGUUGAUGGAAAGCCUGCGUGGCCCUGCCCUGGACCUCAUGCAUAUAGUGCAGGCAGACAAUCCGUCCAUCAGUGUGGAGGAGUGUUUGGAGGCAUUUAAGCAAGUGUUCGGAAGCCUAGAGAGCCGCAGGACCUCUCAGGUGAAAUAUCUGAAGACCUAUCAGGAGGAAGGCGAGAAAGUCUCAGCCUAUGUGUUACGGUUAGAAACCCUGCUCCGGAGAGCUGUGGAGAAGCGGGCCAUCCCUAGGAAUAUCGCAGAUCAGGUCCGCCUGGAGCAGGUCAUGGCUGGGGCGAGCCUUAGUGAAAUCCUUUGGUGCAGGCUCAGGGAGCGGAAAGACCAGAGGCAGCCUCCCAGCUUCCUUGAGUUAAUGAAGGUAAUCCGGGAAGAAGAGGAGGAAGAGGCCUCUUUUGAAAAUGAGAAUGUUGAAGAGCCAGAUGAGGGGGACGGCUAUGGCCACUGGGACAAUGAGGCAGAUGACUAAAAACCAACUCAGAGGGAGACCCACAGCCUGUGGGCCUGGGGCCAUUCCCUGUACCAGGCUAAGACCUUGUCAGUAUUUUUUUCUUUAAUGUACGCAAUUGAAAUCAAGGCAUUCAAGCCAGGUCUUGAUUCUUCUUUCUAAAAAAAAAAAUCUGAGAGUUUGUUGGACCCUACAUAGAUUAUUAAUAAACAAAAGAUUAAAUUCCAAAUAGUAGACAGUAAGCCUGAAGGAAUCUGAAGCACUUCAGGUUUCCUUUAAAUACCCCCAAAUAGACCCAAGUUUACCCACACCAUGCUAAGAUGGUAAGAAAGAAAUGAUGUGAGAAAAAAAUAUCUUUAAAAUCUAUUUAAAAAUCUAAGCUCUUUGACUCCUUGGGUGUUUUCCGUUCUCAAAUCGGCAGAUUCCCUCUGAGUUCCCAGCAGCGUGAGGCGCUGUGCAAGGAGGUCACAGUCAUAAACCGAGCAUGGGCCGUGCUCUCGGAGCUUACGGUCUCAUUGAGGACAUGGCCUCGACAUGUGAAAAGCUAGAUAUGUAACCUCGUGUGAAUAAGUUCAUGAUGCCAAUAGAAGCCAAUGAAAGUGUUGUUGCCAAUGAGUACAACCAUCUCCGCCUUUAGGUCUCUUUCUUUCCUGACUUGGAAAGCACUCCUCCUGCUUCUCCGCUAGGUGUCAGAUAGACAGUUCCAGGCACUGUGUUAGGCCCUGAAGACUCAGGUGACUCAGCCUAAUCCUUGCUUUCAAGAGGUCCACAGUGAGAGAGGCAGCCUCCGAGAAAGGGAGACGUUAGAAGAGAUCAUGCUGGAGAGUGGGGACAUGCGGGCCGUGUUUGGAUUUAAUGAGCAGGCCAGUCUGGUUAGAGGGGAAGAUGUUGAGUGGCGACAAAGGGCAAAGAGGAGAGGAAGGGAACUCCCAUUUACUGAGGGCCUGCUAUGUGCCAGGUGCUUUACACAUAUCCCAUGUGAUGUGUCCAGCAGCCCCAGUAUGAGGUGAUUUGCUCUUUUUGAAAGAGAAAGAAACUGAAGCUCAGAUGGGUUAAGUGGCCUCCUCAGCAUCAAAGUUCUGACAAGCGACAGAGCCGAGACAGAAGUCUGGAACUCUCUGAUUUUUGUUAAUUUUCUCUUCACUGUGACUAUGGUUUUCUACAGUGAUUUUUCACCCGUUCCAUCUUUAAAACAUGUUUUAAACUCUUUAAAUCUCUAAUAAAUAACAGGUAGAUUCAAGUUUGUUGAUAUUCAAAUUUUAACACAUCAGCAUUCACCAGCAGGCUCACUUUCAUUUCCAGAUUGACUCAUUUUGUGCAGACGUUUGAGAAAAUGUUCCCUUGCGAUAUCUGAGUGCAUAUCAGAACUUCUUUUAAUCAUUCAUAGAAUAAGGAAGAGAUAGCACCUCAUAGAUGUUUAAAUCAGACCCAUGCGUAUCCUGUGAUGUGAAGUGUGCUGGCAGAGCAUAAAUGAGCACCAUUCAGUUACAUGCUAGGCCAGGCUCCCACACGGUGACGUAGAGCAUCAUGGGAGCUUUGUGUAUCCAGUAAACAAGUUGCUUAACUUCUCUAAACAUCAGCUUCUUCAUCAGAAAAAGGGGAAAAUAAUAGAAUAGGGUUGUUGUUAGGAUCAAAUGCCAUAGUGCCUUUUAAGCACUUAGCAUGAAGUCUGGAACAUAGAAAGCCCUCAAACCUUGAGACUCAUUAUGAUUUUCAUAAUGCUUAUUGUCUGCUCACUGCAUGCUCUCUUAUUGGUCUAACAGUUGUGCAAUAGCAAGUAAAUAUGUAACCUGUCAGUCAAGUUGUGGCAACAUCACAUUAGAAACCAUUUUAGCUCUUAUGGAAGUUUGAGUGCUUGUGUCUGUUAUCUUUGUGAUAAGAGUCCCAGUAGUUGUUGACUGUUGUUAGGGAUUUGACUUUGAAACAAUAAAUUAUUCUUUCUGAUCGUGGAUAAUUUUAACUGAAGAAUAUCCUGAGAGUGUAAGAAAAGUAUUUUUUUUAAAAAGGUACCAUUUGUAAUCAUUUAUCUAAGUUAUAUUUUUCAGUACUGUUCAACCAAAGUGAUACAAUUGUCAUCCAAUAUACCCUGAUUUCAUGUGUUUUUGUAUUCAUGAAAAUGGCCUCAUUGUUGUCGUUUGUUGACAGUAGACAAAUUAAAAUGUUAUAAACGUGAUGUUAUAAAAUAAAUAUAUGCUAAUAAAUUUCUGAGUUUUUUCUGUUU